AUGGCCUGGUCGAAGUCUUUCGUUCUUUUGAUCGCCUCUUACAGCGUUACUGGGGUUCAAGCAGGCCCAUGCAAGCCUCGCUCGCCCAGUUACACUAUCUCUACCUAUCCGGUACCCCAGUCACUCUCUUCCAAGACCACCACUGUCACUUCUUCAGUUACAAUAGUCACUUCUGUGCCUUGCUAUGGCCCAGGCUGUGUUAUACCAUGCUACGGCCCGGGCUGUAGCACUACCACAUUCGUUUCUGCAAACACCAAGCCCGCCUCGACACUUUGCUAUGGCCCAGACUGUAGCUCCAACACUCUCGUUUCGACUGCUACUUCAGUUCCUUGUUACGGCCCAUCUUGUAGUAUACCGUGCUACGGCCCGAACUGCAACUCUGGCAGUUCAUCUACUACACUCGUUUCUGCAAACACUCAAACUACUUCUGUACCAUGCUAUGGCCCAGACUGCAGUUCCACCACUCUUUCAAAAACCACCGGUCUCUCUACCGGGACAGCUUCCUCAGGCACCACAACCAUACCCAAUGGCUCUUCCACGAUAUCUUCUUUGUCCACUUCUGGCAUGACCAACACACAAUCCACUACCAACACUGAGACAACAAAGGAUACUUCUGUUACUACCAAGGGAAGCUCUACCACAACUGAGCGCACUGACACUGCUUCAACACAAACUGGUGCUUCCAGCACAACCCAACAGACCUCUAUUGCUACCACAUCUGCUACAGGAUCUGGUACUACAGAGACUAACACGCUCUCUACAAACACUGGAAGCACACUUACCGCAAAGACUGACACCACUGGAUCAGCCUCUACCAACACUGUCUCUACCGGCACUGAAAACACUCUCACUACGAAAACCGACACCACGACUGGAACAGCUUAUACCAACACGCUCUCUACAAACACGAUCUCUACCAACACAGUCACUACAGGUACAUUCUCCACAAACACUCUUUCCACAAACACAGUCUCUACAAAUACUGGAAAUACCCAGACCACAACUGGAUCGGCUUGUACCAACACACAAAGCAGCUCGGCUACAGCGAGCACCACAACAGGAUAUGAUACUUUCACUACUACAAACACUCAGACCCAAACAUCGGUGACGACCACCGGCAGUGGUACUUCCCAGACCUCAGGGUCAAACACUUCUGGUUCUACCACCGGAAACGAUACUUCCAUGGCACAGUCUUCACAGACCACUUCUAUUCCCUAUGGUCCUAGUGCUUCAACAAACUCCGGUAGUUCCUCGGUCGCUACCCAGACUACAACUGGAUCAGCAUCUUCUACUACCGGUGCUUCAUCGUCUACAGCCGGAUCUUCGACUCAGACUGGCGGUUCUACUACAACCGGGACUGUAACUUCCAUAACUGGUGUUUCAUCAUCUACUGGCAGUUCAUCGGUUGUUACAACUCAGACUGUUUCCACAACUGGAUCUGCAUCUUCUGGAUCUACCACUACUGGUGGCUCCUCUACUACCGGAGGCUCUUCGUCCAGCGGUGGCUCUUCAACUCAGACUGGAAGCUCUACUACAACUGGAUCUGCGACUGCCCAGACUGAUACUUCAACAACUUCUGGAAUCUCUUCAGGUUCUUCAACUGGACCUGCGUCUUCCACCACUGGUGCUUCGACAUCUACUGGUGGAACUUCCAGCCAGACUAGUGGUUCUACCACACAGUCCACUGGAACCACUUCCACAGGAGCAAGCACAUCUGCAUCAGUGCCCUAUUCGGUACCUAGUGGAACAUCCAGCGCUUCAACUUCACAGUCAUCAAACACUUCUCAAAGCUCAGAUGCUUCCUCCACAACUGGCUCCGCGCCUUCAACUACCGCUUCCCAGCCCACAAGCACCAAGGUUACCUCAACAACCGCCUCAGGAUCAUCCACAAUCACAUCCAACCCAUACUCCGUCCCAACAACCAUGUCAACCAAGACCACAUGUGGAACAUCAUCAGCAACAUCAGGCUACCCGCCACCAAAGCCAACUUGCUUCCGCUACACUCUCGUCGAGAACCCUCCCAGUCCCUCAAAGUGCGGCAACACUGGUCUCGGUGGUGGUAAGAAAGCCAAUGUUCUCGGAAACGGUGAUGCAGACAGCGUCGAGGCAUGUGGAGAGAGCUGUGGUCAGAUGAAGGGAUGCAAGGCUGUUGUCUACGGCUACAAGGAGUCUGAUUAUAACAAACCUUACUGCAAGCUGCUCGAUGGACCUCAGGUUCGUGAUGCCGGAGAUGAUACGGCGUGGAGGUGGUAUGAUAUGUCUUGCUUUAACCCAGAUUGUGUCGCUCCACCUGGAUAUGAAUGCGGUUAUUAG